GAGAGGAGAGAGAGAGAGAGAGAGAGAGAGAGAGCAGACGAGAGAGAGAGAGAGAGCAGAGAGAGAGAGGAGGAGAGAAGAGAGAGAGAGAGAGAGAGGAGAGAAAAGAGAGAGAGAGAGAGAGAGAGGAGAGAGAGAGAGAGAGAAGAGAGA